UGCAACUCUGCAGACGUCUCAGGACACAGUUGUUAGCUCAGCUUUGGACUUACCUCUCUCCGCUCAUGCCAUCGUACUCCAUUGGAAUAUACUGAUUGAUCUCCACAGAUGAGCAGGAUUUAAGGACUGGGAGCCAAAUUGACCUCUGGAUAACAUUGGACCAGUUUGCUGAUUCAUGAUAGUUUGGCAGCACAUCUGUUGUGCUACCAGUGAAACCUGAGAAAUGCAAUCUCUUAGAGACAUGAAGCCCAACUUCAGUGGCCCAGCCCAGCCCCCCUUGUCUGGGGGUCCAGAUGCUUAUCUCCAAGGCAACAUCAGGAUGACCCUGGAGGACUCGGAGCUCUGGAAGUCUUUCAGUGAAAUAGGAACUGAGAUGAUCAUUACCAAACCUGGCAGGAGAAUGUUCCCUCACUGUAAGAUCAGCCUGUCUGGUCUGAUUCCUUGUGCCAAAUACAUCUUAUUGGUGGACAUGGUACCCGAAGAUGGCUUUAGAUAUAAGUGGAACAAGGAGAAGUGGGAGGUAGCAGGGAAGGCUGAGCCUCAGCCCCCCUGCAGGACGUACCUGCACCCAGACUCCCCAGCCCCCGGGAGCCACUGGAUGAAACAGCCCGUGUCCUUCCUCAAACUGAAGCUCACCAACAACACCCUGGACCAGCACGGCCAUAUCAUUUUGCAUUCCAUGCACUGCUAUCACCCUCGGUUCCACAUCGUCCAGGCCGACGACCUGUUCAGCGUUCGCUGGAGCGUUUUCCAGACCUUCAUCUUUCCGGAGACUUCUUUCACCGCCGUCACUGCUUACCAGAACACCAAGAUAACCAAGCUGAAGAUUGACCACAACCCCUUCGCAAAGGGCUUUAGAGAUGAAGGAACCAAUUCGAAAAGACGAGCGAGUAGAAACCCAGCUUGCUCGGAGAAAAAAUCGAAGAAGCCAAACACACAGAGCAGAGACACUGACGAGGACAGUCCUCCAGACUUCCGCCAGUCGUCCUACGACGGCUUCGAGGAAGAGCAGGCCGACCUGUCCAAGAGGAAGGAGGGAGAGGUGAAGGAGGAGCGUUACUCCCCCUGGGCCUCCGAGAGGGAACACGCUCACGGCGGGCGGACCGAGUCCCCCGCGGGCGCAGACACCAGGGACCUGUACAACACGGAGCAGCUCGUCCCAGCCCCGGCCUCCUACCAGCCCUACAGGUUCCACGAGCACGGCAAAUCUCCGUCUCCGCCCUCCAGCGUCGGCAGCAGCAACGGAGGAUCCGUACGCUCCGGCUUCGAGUCCAGGAUCCACGACGUGGCCAGGGUCCCCGAGCACGAGGCCUCCAAGCCCCCGGCCGAGCAGGGGCCCUCUCCCUGCCUCCCCCAGCCCCCCCCGGGCCACCAGGACUACGCUGGGGUCCUCAACAUGGCCAUGGCCCAGACAGCCAAACCCGGGGGGGUCCUGGGCCACCACAUUUACACCCCCUACAGCGCCGAGCAGUCCCUGGGCCAGUGGGGUGGCCCCGGCCCCGCCCAGUACCCCCCCCCUCCUCCUCCUCCUCCUCCUCCUCACCACCUGCCGACCGACUACACCACGCCGGCUGUCCACCACGGCUAUCACCAUGGCAACGUGGCGGAGUGGAGCCAGUACCCUCUCUUCUCCUACUCCUGCUGGUGAGCGCUUCUCCUGGCCGAGGGAGAGUACCUACAGAGACUUGACGAAUGCCCGACCCCUCUCUUCUAACCAGGCCUCGCAGACGACUGCUGGCUGUGCCGUGUUCACUGCUGCUGCGUGAGAAUGAUGCAUGCCCAGGCCAGACUGGGGAGACAGACACUAGAGAGAGAGAGAGAGAGAGAGAGAGAGAGAGAGAGAGAGGAGAGAGAGAGAGGAGAUCUUGGAGCAGGUCUCGUCUUCCUCAGAGAUUCGUUCGUCCGUGCCGUACCGUUACUGCUCACAAUCCAAUGUGUGUUUGUUGAAUUGUCUAUUUAUAUUGUUUUGGGGUUUCAUCUCCUGCUGGUCGUAAAUAUUAUUUUUGUAAAA